UAAACGAUGUGUUGUUUUAUGGUUCGGUGGAUGCGUUUUUUUUUCACUUUAUGAUCGACUAAUAAAUAUUAAUUAGCUAUCAGUAAUUAUUGAAACACACGGGUAGUGUUUGUAACGUUUAAUUGAUUAAAGUAUCCUAAUGGAUGAGGCGAUCUGAAGACUCUCUGAAGCGUCCGGAUCAGUCGUCAUGAGUCACCGCACCAUCCAUCUGUUCCGUAAGGGCCUGCGGCUGCACGAUAACCCCGGCCUGCUGGGGGCGCUGGCCUCGUCCGCCGCGCUCUUCCCCGUCUAUGUGCUGGACCGCGCGUUCCUGGAGGGGGCGAUGCACGUGGGUGCGUUACGCUGGCGCUUCAUCCUGCAGAGCCUGGAGGAUCUGGACGGCCGUCUGCGGGCGCUCGGCUCGCGGCUCUACGUCCUGCGCGGGCCGACGCCGGUGGUCCUGCGUGACCUCGUGACCCGGUGGGGCAUCACGCAGAUCAGCUACGACACGGAGGUGGAGCCGUAUUACGCGCGCAUGGAGCGGGAAAUACAAGCGCUGGCGGAAGAGCGCGGACUCCAGACGCAGACGUGCGUGUCGCACACGCUGUACGACGUCAAAAGGAUCACUCAGGCCAACGGCGGCUCUCCUCCGCUCACCUACAAGAAGUUCCUGCACGUUUUGUCCAUUUUGGGCGAACCAGAGAAACCGGCCCGGGACGUCAGCGCUGAUGACUUCCUGAGAUGUCCGACCCCUCCGGAUCACGAGCAGGCGUAUGGGGUCCCGUCUCUGGCCGAUCUGGGUCUAGAGGUGCAGUCGGAGGUCCUGUGGCCCGGCGGAGAGAUGCACGCACUCCAGAGACUCCACAAACACUUCCAGAGUCAGGGAUGGGUGGCGAGUUUCUCCAAACCGCGGACGGUGCCAAACUCUCUGCUGCCCAGCACCACGGCUCUCAGUCCGUACCUGAGUCUGGGCUGUCUGUCGGUCCGAACCUUCUACCACAGACUCAGCAGCAUCUACGCACAGUCGAAGAACCACUCGCUGCCGCCCGUGUCUCUUCAGGGCCAGGUUCUGUGGCGGGAGUUCUUCUACACCGUUGCGUCAGCGACGCCAAACUUCACCAAGAUGGAGGGAAACCAGAUCUGUCUGCAGAUCGACUGGUACCAUGAUCCGGAGUCUCUGGAGAAAUGGAGAAACGCCCAGACGGGUUUCCCCUGGAUCGACGCCAUCAUGACCCAGCUGCGCCAGGAGGGCUGGAUCCAUCACCUGGCGCGUCACGCCGUGGCCUGUUUCCUGACCCGCGGAGACCUGUGGAUCAGCUGGGAGGAGGGCAUGAAGGUGUUCGAGGAGUUCCUGUUGGACGCAGACUACAGCUUGAACGCCGGUAACUGGAUGUGGUUGUCCGCCAGCGCAUUCUUCCACAAAUACACCAGGAUCUUCUGCCCGGUGCGUUUCGGUCGUCGGACCGACCCUCAGGGACAGUAUCUGAGGAAGUAUCUGCCCGUGCUGAAGAACUUCCCCUCGCAGUAUAUUUACGAGCCGUGGAAAGCGCCUGAAGAUGUCCAGCUCAGCGCCGGCUGCAUCAUCGGUAAGGACUAUCCUCGUCCCAUGGUGUGCCACAUGGAGGCGAGUCAGAGGAACCUGGGUUUGAUGCGUCAGGUUCGCACCGAGCAGCAGAAGACGGCAGAACUCACGCGAGAUGUAGCAGAUGACCCGAUGGAGGUGGGGCUUAAGCGUGAGCUCCAGGAGGAGGAGGAGCUUCUAGAGGGGGCGGAGCCAUGCAGCAAGUCAAAACGUUUUAGUGGCAGCACUGAUCAAAAGUCCCGCCCCUGCAGCUGGACAUCAGAGACUCUGCGGCUCAGCGAAGAGGUCAUGUGACUCUAGAAGAGCCUCACUGGACCUAUACCAGACCUGCUUCUGGUUUAACGUGUCUGUGUGAACUCGAGAAUCAUGUGAUAUUCUGACCGGAGCCACUUGAACUCUAUUGAUCCGUCAAACAAACAUACUGGGUGUUGCUCGUUUGAACACCGUGUUGCUCGUUUCACUGGUGUGUGUUUCUCUGUUCAUGAGAGAAUCAUGAGAGUUUUUGUUGACCAAAUCAGGUAAAUUAUGAAACUUGAAUGUCUUCCUGAUGCACAUUUGUUUGCCAGUCAAUAAAUAUCAUGUCAAUGCUAUGCAAAAUAUCAAAUAAAUUAUAUUGAAAUGA